AGAGGAAAAGGUAUUGGAAAAGGUGUUCAAAAAUCGAAAGGACAUGGAGAGGAUGAGGGACUAGAAGAAGAUCCAAAGACCACCACACUUUCCGCCUCACCCCUUUCACUUGCUCCAGAGACACAGGCCUCACAAGUCACAAGGGCAAGGCGUUCUUCGUGUGAGCAUGAGCUGAGAGGGUUGUGUGUGUGUCGUGUGUCGUGUGUCCCUGUUUGAUCCCCCAAGAACGAAAAGCCAGGACUCGGCACAUUUCUCUGUCUUUCAUGUGUUCUUGGAAAAGAACAAAAGGGGAAAGAGAAAAACAACUAAUGAGGGGAAGAAAACAAAGAAUGGAGCUUUCUCUUUACCUCCUCCUCCUCCUCCGCCUUCUUAUGAUUCCUGUUUGGACUUAUGCAAUGAGGAGUGACCCACCUCUGUCCUCCAUGUCAGCUGCUCCUCAUCCCACUCCUCCUUCUCUUCCCUCCUCUCCAGUUUCCACUUCAAUGGCUGCUUUCUCUCCAGGGCUUUCAGUGGGAGGCAGGAAACACCGGUUGGAUUCACAUGAGAAGUUGCUCAUUGCUCUCAUUGUUUCUUGUUCUUUACUGGGUGCAAUCAUCUUGAUCUUCAUGGGCCUUUGGGUUUAUUACAGUAAGUUCACCCACAAGUCCAGCAAAAAGAGUUCUCAGAGAUCAGAAGCUGAAACGGGGGUUGCAUUAGCUCCAUUUUUGGGUAAAUUCAGUUCUUUAAAGAUGGUUAGUCGGAAAAACUCCAUUGCGUUCUUUGAAUACAAGCUUCUGGAGAAGGCAAGCAACAGUUUUUCGGACAGUAACGUUUUGGGAGAGGGCGGAUUUGGACGUGUAUACAAGGCUAGGUUGGAUGACAACAAGCAUGUCGCUAUCAAGAAGCUAGAUUGUGGGAUUCAGGACGCCAUUAGAGAGUUCGAGAACGAGGUGGAUUUGUUGAGCAAAAUGCAGCAUCCGAAUAUAAUUUCCCUCCUGGGUUAUAGCAUCAAUGAUGAGACAAGGUUUAUUGUUUACGAGUUGAUGCAGAAUGGCUCGUUGGAUACUCAGUUGCAUGGACCUUCUCGAAGAUCAGCAUUAACUUGGCACAGGCGGAUGAAAAUCGCUUUAGAUACAGCGAGAGGAUUAGAAUAUCUGCAUGAGCACUGCAAUCCACCAGUCAUCCAUAGAGAUCUGAAAUCAUCCAAUAUACUUCUCGAUGCCAACUUUAAUGCUAAGCUUUCAGAUUUUGGCCUUGCUGUGACUGACGGAUCCCAAAAUAAAAACAAUGUCAAGCUUUCGGGCACACUGGGUUAUGUAGCCCCGGAGUACUUAUUGGAUGGUAAACUGACGGAUAAGAGCGACGUGUAUGCUUUUGGGGUUGUCCUAUUGGAGCUUCUCUUGGGAAGAAAGCCUGUGGAGAAACUUGCACCAGGUCAAUGCCAAUCGAUAGUCACAUGGGCCAUGCCUCAGCUUACUGACAGAUCAAAGCUUCCAAACAUUGUGGACCCUGCAAUAAAAGAUACUAUGGACAUGAAACACUUAUACCAGGUCGCUGCGGUGGCUGUGUUGUGCGUGCAACCGGAGCCAAGCUACCGUCCGCUGAUAACGGACGUGCUACACUCUCUCAUCCCACUCGUGCCAGUUGAGCUCGGGGGUUCCCUGAGAGCUGCAGUGCAUUCUGGUAACUAAGAUAUGCGCGUAAGGAAACGUGUUUACGAGCUGCUUUUUAAGAGUGUCAGGCUUGCUUUCUAGAAUGCUCAAAUCACGGCGGCUGAGCAGUGGAGACCCCGUUUCGCGUGUGGGUUCAUGGUCACACCGGGUGUUGCGUCCAAAAAAAAAGUGGGCCUGACAGGAGAAGUGCUUCUUUGUGUGCUAAUUUGUAAAUUGCAGGACUAUAUAAUGAAACGGGUUUUAUAUGGUAUUGCGAAAUAGUUCACCGGGGCGGAACGUCGAGCCCUACUCGCUCGAGAUUUCUGAUUUGAAUAUAGAUUGAGAAUAGUCCUCAAUAUAUUACACGUUUGCAUAUAUACUACUUAUAGUUUGAUUGGUCUUUUCCCGUU